AUGAAGCGCAACUUGCAGUACGGUGCGCCUGGAGCACAACCUCCCGCUGCUUCACCGACAGCAUAUGGGCAGCCUCCACCUCCAGCUGGUCCUGCUCCGCCGCUACCUGCUUCUGGCCCGUCCCAAGCUGCUUACGCCAAUUAUGGAUAUGGAUCUGUUGCGCCGCCUCGUACUGCUGCUGCUCCAUUGAAUAGUGCUGUGGCAGCAAAUUCACAGCAGUAUCAAUGGAACCAGCCGUGGCAACAGCCGCAGCCGCAGCAGCCCUAUCCGCAGCCGCAGCCCAACCCCAUCGGCGCGCCUGGUUCAGGCCAUUUUGCCGCUCCUCGGCCCCCGCCGCAGUCUGGUCCUUAUCGCGUUCCUACUGGAAGCAAUGCUGGUUCCCCGCCUCUUCAUCAGGCCGCUGCCUAUAAUCUGCAUCAGUCGACACGACCUGCACCGUAUCCUUAUCAAGCUCAGUCCCCUUCGCACCAUCAGCAGUCGCCGGUUCCUUCCGCUUACGGCUACGUCCCUCCUAUGUCCCAGCAUCAGAAUUCCGCUCCGAUGAACGUACAGAAUGAUGCUCAGAACUGGCCGGGCGCUUACGUCCCAGGCAGUCAGGCAGGUCCGCCGAACAAGAAGCCUCGUCACCAACCUCCCGCUGCGCCUGGUCCACAGGCUCCGUCGCCAUAUGGCCCACCCGGCGCCGCGCCUAUGGCGCCAGUAGGUGGCUAUCCAGCUCAACAGCCAUACGCGUGGCAAGCGCCCAGCGUAGCGUCGGCGCCUCACAUGAACCCGCAUCCCGUUCCAGGCCCUCCCGUUCUACAUAACCGCGCGCCGUCUGGCGGCGGUAUGCAUGCAAACGCUUCAGGCACAGGCGGCGUCGGAGCUCCAGGUCGUGGCAUGAACCGAAACGGUGCUCAGAACCGUAGCAACGCGUCUCAGGGCGCGUCGGGACAGCGCUCUGGCCUUCCCGCCAACCCGGCUGCCUCUGUGAACGCUGCAAGCGCUCCCAACGGUCAAGUUCGCGCCUGGGGCUCGAAAACGGCCGUAGCUUCCGGGACUGGCUCUUCUAUCCAGGCAGGACGUCGAGUCUCCUCGGCGAGCUCUGCACGCAGCGACAAAAAUGCUGGGACCGGCUCGGCAAAGAGGCAGAACGCAGCACCGCAGAAGAUGGUGCCUCCCGACGCCCCGCGCGGCCCGAACAAUGCCAGAAACAAAGCUGCAGCCGCCUCCUCCUCGGACGCAUCCGCAGCCAGCACCUUAUCCAAUAAAAGCUCGGUCUUGGUGCAGGGAAGUGCUGGCUCUCGCUCUGCAAUGCACGACACAGCCGCUGGAGACGUCGCCGCUGCGGAUGUGGCGUCUGCCAAGGACAACGGCGUCGGUCCGAAGAGGGCUCACACUGAUUUUCGCAUCCUUGGUCUCGAGAUCAAGCAGCUCGACUGGUCCUGGUUCGCCCCCGAGGCCCUCGCCAAAGACGCUGUCGAUUCGAGUCUCGACCAGGACUCGAAAGCGGGCGUGGAUGGACAAAAAUGCCCAGUCGCUCCUGCUUCCGACGGAUCGACUGUUGUCACCGGCAACGACGCUGUCGACGGCUCCGUACAGGCUGAGCAAAGCGUCCAAGAGGAAGAGGCUCAUGAUCAUGUCGACGACGAGAACGCUGCACCUGAUGAGAGGUCCCAUGCUCAAGACGAGGAGGCAAACAGUGAGAUUCGAGACGUCGCCGAAGAGAACUCUGAUGAUGAAGACGAAGACGAAGAUGCCGAGGGUGACGAUGACGAUGACGAUGGCGACGACGGCCAAGGCGAUGCUGAAGCGGAUGACGACGAACAUGCUCAGAGUCACAUCGAUGCGGAUGCUGACGCUAACGCUGAAGGAGACACAACAAUGUCCCUUGCUGACACCGACGCGGCGGCUUCCGAGCCACAGCAAUCGAUGGCGCCGACAUCGGAUCCCAGCAGCGAAUUGGUCAAGGCUUCUGAGAAGCUUCCGACGCAGUCCAGUAAAAUGUCGAAAGCCAGUCGAGCCAAGGUUAUUUCCAAUCUUCGCGACUCGACCAAACUCCGUCUCUGCUUUGCUGCCAUGUCCAAUCCAGGACCGGAAGGCGCUCCCACCGGACCGAAAGCCUCCUUGACGCAGGAACCAGAGGUCAAAGUCGAGGAUGCGACUCGGAAUGAGGUACCUGUGGAUCAGGCCCAGCAGAGACCCGAUGCUCCUGAUAAAGUGAAAGAGGAAGGUCGGCAAAACCUUCCAGGGGAGAGCGGCUCUGCCGAAGAUGUGGAAUUGAAGGGCAAAGCGGAGGACGUCACGAUCCCAGAUGCGGACGAAGGAGUGCAUUUAACGAGCUCUGGCGAACCCCAAGCUGGCCAGCAGCUCAAGAACCUGGAUCAGAACGAUUCUGCCAAGUCUGUGGACCUUGCUCCAGCGAAUAAGGAUGCAGGGGUAGAGUCGGAGUUGGACUCGGCUGUAGCAUCAACGGGAGUCCAGGAGGAGGGUACGGGGACGCACAAUGUCUCGACCAGCCAGGCUGCCGUCGAUACAACGGCGUCUUCCACCACAUUGAACGGCAAACACGCUCGAGUCAACACGAGCCCUCAGGCCAAAGGCCCACCUCAGCUGUCCUCGAAUCGUAUCUUUCUGUCGUUCGCUGCCAACAGGAAACGCCUUGCCAUCGACGCCGAAGCCAUCAAAUCUGUCAAGAUCCAUCGUUCCGAGCACUGGAUCGAGAUCCGAAUCGAUGUUGCGCGCCAGGCCGACCAGUCUGCACGCAAAAAGGGCGAAGACUUUUUUGCAUGCAGGGGCACAUUGCUGGAAAGGCGAGGCAAAGGGCAAAAGAAUUACGCGGCACUGACACGCAGCGAUAUCGAAGCCGCUUGGAACGCUUUCGAGGCCGCCAACACAGACCAUACCAGAGAGAACGAGGCAUCGCAGGACGAGCACCUCGAGCUUCCUCCCUUUUUCCGUCUCGACGGGUCCAGUUCUGAAGUGGUUCUGCAGGUGCAUCUGGAUCCUUCGGCUCCGCUUCCCGAACCGGCAUGGCUUCGAAAGAACGACGUCGACGAUCUUCUGGCCAGCCUCCAACGUGGCAGCACUGCUGUUGCUCAGAAAUUCGAUGCUUCUGCGUCAGCGGCAACGGUGCAGCACGUUUGGGCCGGCAAGAUCGAAGUGAUGGAUCCAGAUCCGCCUCCGUCCAUGUCGACGUUCCUCUACGAGUGGGUGAAGGAGUCGUUCAUCGGAAGUCAGAGGGAGAGACGCAAAUUUGUCGAUGAGCUUCUCGGUAGGAAGAAGAGGGAGCGAGGCGCAGAGGAAACAGCGAAAGUCAAAGUAGAGGGGGACGGAGAGGCGGAUCUGAGCAAGACACCGACCAAGACCGAAGACGCAGCGGAGCAGGCUAAGGAAGAAACGGAAGGUCAACGCGAUGCACGAGUUGCUCGAGCGUUCGUCGAGAUCGUCCUGCGACUGAUCAAGGGCGAGCGCAUAUCUGCACCCUCGACCGGCACGUCUUCCUCCACCGAUGCGAGCAGCCACUUCAGUCGCGCCCUCAGCUCGGCCUCGUACACUUCGAGCACUACCCAUCCCGGCCUGUUCAUGCUCGGUCUGCUGGAUCUCUGCCUACCCGCUGAUGUUUCUGCCGACGCGGCGAAUAAAGUCAGAGCCAAAGUGGAUGAGAUGCUCAUGGAGAUGCCCCGAGCCACACUGGUCAAAGCGGUGGAUUUGACCUGGAAGGAUGUUGUAGAGAGCGGGAGGAAGGGUGGCGCUGCGACUGCCGUUGCUGCGGCCUCGCAAAGUGCAAGUGCAAAUGUCAAGACGGCGGGUCGUAACCGUGGCCAUCAGCAUGGCGGUCGACAUCAGCACCAGCGUCAGCGUCAGCAUGGCGGAGGGGGAAGCGGCGGUGGCGGUGGUCGACCGGGCAAACGUAAGCGUGGGUAA